GCAGAAUUAUAGUUAAUGGCAGCAGAUACUACUACUACUUUCAUGUUCAUUAUAAAGUAGAUGUGUUAACACUGAAGUAGACACUGUUCAUGUCACCCAAGCACUCCUACUGCAGUCAAGAGCUGGACUCUCCAUAGACUUUUGUAUAUAAAAAUGUAGACUUUGCCUAUGUUAAUAAUGCCUUUCAUAAUUUUCUGGAGGGGAGGGUUGAUGGGAAAUGAUGUUAUGUUGCACAGUGAUAGCCAGUUUCGUAAAACACAUAAACACAUACUUAACUUUGAGACUAUGAAUACCCUAGUACAAAAGUAUGGUAUGUUUAUCUAUAUGGGUAAUUUAAAGGUUAGGCAUUAUUCUGUACUGGAUAGAGAAAUUGUCAUCUUAAUGUAAGUAUCAAAUACAAAUAGUUUAUGCAUGCUGUAUAAUGUAGUCAAGUCAGUGGAUCUGUUCUUGAGUGAGCAAAUUCUAAUGAUUGAGUUCUAAUUUGAGUUUAACUUGUGUAUUUUAUACAUUUAUCCUCUUGCUUUGUUUUAUGUAGCUUUGGUGGAGGGAAAAAAAGGAGGAAAACAUGAGACAAACUGUGUGUUUGUAAGUCUAUCCUUUAGUUUGCUACAUGCAGCUUUCACUAAACACUUAUGUUUAAUUCAUUGCUUAGAAUCUUCUGAUUUCACUCAUUUCCCUAUAUUGACUUUUCUGUCAAGCUGUUCAGAGGCAUAUACUACUGAACCUAUUUUAGGAGUAAUUGUGUCAGCAAAGUUACAUGUGUAUGUAAAUUUUGGGCAGAACUGUAGUCUUACACAAUCCAGGGUUGAGCCUAAACCUUAGUAAGGAAUUAAACAGAGGAAUAGUGAAAAAGAAACAUAGUGGUAAUUCUAUCAAAAAAGGACUUUAAUAAAAAUUGUAGUCUUUAAUGAAGAAGCUAUUAAAGCAAAUCUGUAUCCCAUCAUUUCAAAGUAUUUAUAGGUUAUUUAGAAACUGAAACACAGAACUGCAGCUAUUGCUAAUUAAAAUGGUGAGAAGCAUAUUUAUGACAGACUCAGUAAUUACAGAUCAUUGAAUAUUUAUGCUUCAUAAUUGGCAGGUAUUCUGUCAUGUUUAUGGCAAAUGAUCAAUGACUUACUGGAAGAAUGUAAUAAAGUGAACAUUCGAGUAAGUUCAGUUUUAAUAUCAAACCAAAUUUAUUGUUAAAGCUUUAGACAGUUUUCAGCUAUUGCAUUUUUAUUUAUUCUAGCAAAUUGCCUUUUUUCCCCCACUACAAGCCAUAUAUGUGGCCUUUUGUAACUUAUGUUUUUCAGCUGUAACAUUAACUGAUAGUUACUGAACUGAAUUCAUAUUUAUAUUUUAAUGUUUAAAAAUAUUUGGAGUUUCAGGUGCUAAUGAAAUAAAUCCUGAUGGGAGAUAUUCAGUUUUUAUUAUUAUUAGGGACAUCAUUAUUUUUGCUUUCAGGGUUCUGUGAAGAAGUAGAUUCAUGGGUAUGCUUCCUUUCUCCUCUCCUUCUCAGCCCCAAAAGAAAUAAUGUUGGCUCAGCUGAAAACUUCAGUUCUUUUUGAAAAUUUUAGAAAAUAGAUUUGUGACUAAUUGCAAUCAAUGAAUCUUGGGAAGAGUUUGGUGUAAAGGCGACCUCUCUGACCCUGAAUUUAUAUACUAUGGAUUGUGUAGUAAUUCUAUCUGUAAACAGUGGACACUUCAAUACUGGAAGAUCCCAUUUCCUGUACUUGAAACUAUUCUGGGGACUGGUUUUGCCCUCACACUGUUUUGCAGUUACUAGAAUUACUCCUACUUUAUCCUGAGCAGACAGCAUGCAAUUUUCUGGAUCUUCUCUGCACUUAGCACUAAAAUGAUUAUGUUGUUUUAUGUAAUUCUGUUUAGUUUCUUUUCUGGAAUGCCUCCAGUAAUUGUUCAGAUUAAAAGGUUUGAUUUGAAUGGUUCGAUAUGUCUUUGCCUAGAAAAUGUGGGUUUUCACUUUAGUUUAUUUCAUUAUAGAAUGCCUAAUGCCAUCUGUUCAUUUCCAAUGGAUCCAGACUUGCAGGAGGCUUUCAAUGAUGUUCAGAGCUCCAUCUACAGAACAGCCCUAAAACUACGCUCAGUACAAAGUCUAUGCCAGUUGGAUUUGAUUGAUGUUUCUCUGAUUCAGCACACCCUGUCAAGUGAACAGAGCCAGAGGGAAAAGCAGGUUUCUCUGAAAGUGCAGCAGAUCUCUGGAAUGCUGACAGAAAUGUUCCAAAGGGCGAGGUUAGAAAAACCGGGCCAGGUACAUCCAAGAGCCGCUGAUUUCACAUUGAGCCUGCUAGCUGCCAUGUAUGACAGGUCUGGAACAGGUUAUAUCAAAGCUAGAUCUGCUGCAGCUGCCCUAAUUGCUCUUUCAGGAGACACUCUACUGGCUAAAUACAGAGCUUUCUUCCAGUUUUAUGCUGUCCCUGAUGGGAAGAUGGCCUUGAUCACCCGUAGUGCCCUGAGAAGCCUACUAACAGACUUAAAUCAGAUACCAGCCAUUGUGGGAGAAGGCUGCACUCUGUCUUGUGUGGAAAUUGCAACGCGCAGCUGUUUCCAUGGGGUUCUGACUUCAGCAAUUGUUGAAGAAAAAUUCUUGUCUUGGCUAAGAUCAGAGCCUGCUGUUCUCCUGUGGCUCCCUACAUGUUACAGAUUAUCAGCCACAACAAUGGUUUCGCACCAAGCCAGAUGUAAAGUCUGCAAAAUUUUCCCCAUUAUAGGCCUCAGGUAUCGCUGUCUGAAGUGCCUCAAUUUUGACCUUUGCCAAGUCUGCUUUUUCACUGGCCGUCUCAGCAAACCACAUAAGAAUUCGCAUCCUGUUAUGGAACACUGUGUGCAGAUGUCAGCAAAGGCGAAUGCAAAGCACUUUCUCCGCACCAUCAGAAAUAACCUGUUUCAAGAGCACUGCAGAAGAAAGAAGUCUCAGAGAAGGAGGGCUCUGGAUGCAGUGGAGGAGAUGUACUUCCAUACCCACGAAAAGACUUCUCCCCUUGAAGAACUCGAUGCUUCACCACUACCUGGCCCUGAAAACCUGUCUUUCCUAGUGGACAGACCUGUCCUUGAGUCACCCAAGUUCAUAUCUGAAAACAGAACUGUAGUGCAGAAGAGUGAGAAUAACAUCAAGACACCAGAGCGAGGCAAGACAGAAACUCAGGCAAUAGCCUCUUUUGAAGCAGAUGUGUUAAAAAUGCACGAAUCCAUUAGAAGUAUUCGUAAUGACAGCAGGUACAUGAAGAAGCAGUUCAACAAGUGGAAGGGCAAAAUGCAAUUUCUUCACAACUGUCAGGAAGACAAAAGCUGCAAAAUAGAGGCAAAGCUCCAAAGCCUGAGAGCAAGCCAUGAAAACCUACAAAUGAAGUUGCAGCAAAUGAAGCAAGAAGUAAAGGCAAUGUUCCAGUCAUCAGAGCAUCCUUUUGUACAGUGUCAAUACAUGAUGCCAAGAAGUCCUCAAGUCCUGCUGGAAAGGACACUGCAGGGUGGAUUGAAUCCUGCCCAAAUAAGGCCUAAUCCCAGAACAUGUGCAGACUGGAAAUCUUUGAAUCCCUCCAACUCUGCAAAUAGAAUGCAGCUUUUACAGACACCUGAAGUUCCUACUGCAGUGGACUUCAUCUUCUCAGAAGACUCACUGGAGUCAGCAUCCCUGCAGAGCAACAGACCUCGGAAUAAAAAAGCAAAAGAGAAUCAAACACAUAUGCCUGAAUUGACAAAAAAUUCCCACAGGGGCAUCAUGAGGAAUACAGUUUUUACUCCCACUGCAGUGAAGAUACCACCUGAUGAGAAAGAAGCCAGUGAGGAAGUGGAACUGCAGCAGCUAGUGAUGAAACUAAAGGAUGCAGUGUCUCUCCAAUCCCAAGCAGGUAUAAGUUCUCCCAGCUCAACAGUCUGUUUUGCAGCAGGAAUUCUUCUCUACAGCUGAACAUGUUAGCAGAUCCUUUUCUGACCUCAUCAACCAAGUGAUUUCACCAGCUUGUAAAUGACGGAAACUACCACUUGCCCUUACAGCUCUACUGAACUAUUGAAGGUAAUUGAUGCCAUAUCAGAGUUUUAAAAGUGUCUCAGAUGUUUUGGUGUAAUAACCCAACAUAACAGACUUCUGCAUUUACUGACUUCACCAGGGACCAUAAAUAGUGCUACAGAAAGACAUUCUUAUCACUAUUGGUGGCUUCUGUUGGUGGCUUCCAGCUCCUGUGCAGUAGAUGUUAGCCCAGCUGAUAAAAAUCAGCCUGUCUUCAUUAACGUUACACAGGCUUUAACAACUGUCCUGCUAUGUCUUCUCUUCUUAGUGCUGUAUAAUCCAUAAUGGCUUGUCUUUCAGGAACAUAUUUUUUUAAUAUAUGUGAGUUCAGUUAACUGGUUUCAGUGAUGUAUUCGCUAUCACAUCAUUGUUUCUUAGACUAAAGGAAGAAAUUAGUUCUUAAUUGUCAGACUUCCCAAUAUUUGAUAUUUACAUAAUCAUAUUUUCCCAAACUACUGCAUUAAAUGAAAAUGUGCUUUGAACACUUAAAGUAAUUUAAUUGGUUUAGAAGAGGCUUUCCAUUACUGAUUAACUUGCAUAUCUAGGACAACCUUGGAAUAGAAUGCUUAAUUUUCCACACAGAUUUUCCUGGUCUUGUAUUUUUCAGAAUUAAUUAUAAUGACCAAGAUAAAGGGACAGACUGACUUAUUAAAAUGGCUAGAAAUCUUGUUUCCUGUUGGUAGCACCUCAGCCACCUUCUUGAAAGACCUGACCCUGUGGUAGUGAUAGCAAUGAACCUUCCUGGUUCUUUCUGCUAGUUUUGUUCACAGGAGGCCUUAAUUACAUGUACUGCAAACACCCAAGAAUUACAGCAACAAAUAACGGUAUUCAACUGGAAGCUGACAAGUAGCUUGUCUCUAGCAAAGGAAGUGUGACGUGGCUCAAAAGUAGAGAAACUAACUGAGGGGGAGGACCCCACAAUACAUAUAGGGAUGAGGUCCCUAGAAAGUGGAUACUUGUAUUAUCACAAACAGAAUAUAGUGUGAGAUAGAGGCUUAGUAGCUUUUGCAAUAUA